AUGUUCGUUGAAUUACUUCUUUGCCUCCUCACAUGGUGUUACGUUCAUCGUUGCAGAGGUCUACAAAUCAGUAAAUAUAAAAAUCAAAUUUCCUUUUUAAACAAUUUGCAUGUAGCAAAUGCCGCGCGUGAUUACCAUGUCUACCAUUUGAAGAAGGAAGCAUUGGGGGGCAGGGGCCCACUGUGUGUUGGGGGUCAGAUGCGCGGGCAGGCGCUGCUAGGUGUGCGCAGGGACGAUGAGGACGAUGAUGAUGAGGAGGAAGACGAACUUAAUGAUGAUGAUGAAGAGGAUGAGGAAGAUGAGGAGGAAGACGAUGAAGAUGAGGAUGAUAAUGAUGAUGACGACGAUGACGAAGCGGAUGACAUAACGCGCGAGGAGCGCCUUGCAGCUUACGAGAAACUGCUGAACGCAGAGGGAGACGAAGAGGAUCGGAUGUUGUCCCCGAAAUACAACAUGAAUAUCUACAACAUACUGGAGAAGCACUACGAGCAAAAGGAACAAAGCAAAGUGAUCCUAACUGUGCACAAUUUGAACUACGAAAUUGGUAGCAAGAGGCUUAUGACCAAUUUGAAUUUUCAGGUGAACAAGUCAGAGUGUGUUGGACUUAUAGGUAACAAUGGAUGUGGAAAGACCUCCCUCUUAAACCUAAUUUUUGACCAUUCAGAUAACAGCCACAAGAGUAUAAACAUAAAUAACAGUGUUUCCAAAGAAGGAGUGACAAAUUUUAACCUAACUGAGGAGAACAUGCAAGCCAUGGUGAAGAAAAAUAAAUUCGACUUCCUUUACAAAAUUUUACACCACAUGAAAAUGAAUUCUCUUGAUCUGUCCAAACUUCCAUCAAUUAUAAAAAAUAGAGAUGUCUCCUAUUUUGAGAAAAUCAACAAAAAAAAAAGUGGCAACAGCAAUGAUCUUUUUUUUAAGAAUGGAAUUUUUUACUUCAAACAGAAUAUUCACCUUCUGGAAAAAAACAAUUUGACGGUGUUUGAAAAAGUACUGAAAUUUUAUCAACCCGUUUUAGAAAAAUAUGAAGUGUUAAAUUAUAUCGAAAGGGAGAUCAGCUUGUACAGAAAUGUGCAGGUUGUUCAAAAAUCUAAUCGGUGUCAAACUGAGGAGGAUAGUGAGAAAUACCCUACGAGUGAUAGCCUCAAUGGGAACAACAUCCCUCCAAAGCGAAGAAGCUACACCACGAAAGAACAUACUAACAAUAUGGAAUCAGUAGAAACAAAAUCGAGUGGAGAACCAACCAUCGAGCAGGCACAAUCUUUCGCGCAGUCCAAGCUCUUCCAAAUGGUGCUCAAAUUGUACAUGCACGAAAAGGAAAAUGUAUUCAAAGAGAUAAACCAAGUUAAAAUGAAUUUCCAUAAGUACCUGAACAUUUUAAAUUUAAAAAACUUACUGCAUGUGAAAUUAAGUAAUUUGAGCAACGGAUAUAUUAUCCGAGUGUACCUCCUACUUCUUCUGCUGAGCAAUGCCAAACUUCUUUUAAUAGAUGAAAUAAAUAACAACCUGGACAUAUUUAAUAUUUUUUUCGUUAUGAACAUUUUUCACUAUUCUCUAAAGUAUAAAGAAAUAGGUAUCGUUUUGGCUAGCCACGAUUUCUUCCUAGUGAGUAAAUUAUGCAAUCGAAUUUUAGAUUUUAACAAAAUUUAUGGACACGAUAUCGAUUUUAACAACAUGGCAUUAUUAAAAAGGAUAAGCAGAAGUGGUCAGCAAGCGAUGCACUCUGAUGUUCCACAGGAACUACAAAGAAAAAAUGAACACAACUCAAACAUUACCUUUUUUAAAGGUAAUUACACGCAAUACUUGCACAGUAUGAAGAUACUCUUCGACAAUAGGAGGAAAAAAAAAGAAGAAUUGAAAAAAAUUAUGGACGACCUAAGUGCUGCCAUAAAUCAAGUCAAGAAAAAAAAAAAAAACGAAUUCAUGCGUCAAUCUUUAAAAAAAAAAGAAGAAGAAUUUAAAUUAUUCCAAAAUGUCUACUCUACCCUUUUUGAUAGCACACUGAAUUAUCAGUACAUGUACUAUAAUUUGAUUUAUAGCAGGAAGAAUGAGAAGGGGGCAUCGAAGGGAAUCCCCACCGACGGGGGGAUACAGGAGGGGAGAGAAAAUAUUUCCCGCGUGCGAAGUGGCAGUGCUGAGGGAAAUUCAAAUGGUCAAGAGAUAGAGGAGAAAGCCGCUCAACAAACCGAUGGCGACGUCGAUGAACACACCACAGAACAGGAAGAAGGUGUGGAAUCUUUCGUGUACAACAAAAUGAAAGACAUAGAAGGUAACAUGAACAAGAAUAUCCUCAUAGACAUGAGCAAAAAAAUAAAAAACAACGAGCUGAUAGAAACAGGCGAGAGGUACGCAAAAAACAACGUGUCUCUGUACGAAUUCGAUAACUUUUCCUUCUAUUUUUGGAAUAAAAAAAAGAAGAAAAAAAAAUAUAUUUUUAAAAACAUGAAUCUGAGUAUAAACAGCGGAGAAAACGUUCUCCUCUUGGGAAAAAAUGGAAUUGGAAAAUCCACUUUUUUUAAGAUACUAACCAAUAGGUACAAGUUUCAGAUGCAAACGGAGGGAGGUAGACAUAGAAGGAGCGCAUAUGCAUACGGAGAUAGCGAGGAUGAAGAGGAAUAUCAAGAGGGAGGUGUCUAUGUGCAUGGGGGAGAUGGAAUCAAUUCUACUCCAACAGAAAACAAAAUAGCACAUUUUGAAGGAAGCAUAAAAUGCAACUUUGACAACGUCCUUCUAACCUACUUUGAACAAAAUAUGAUUAAAAAAUUACAUCUGGAAAUUAACGAAUAUUUUAGAUACCUAAUUGAGAAUGUGAAUUACGAACCAGUUCACUUCGACGACAGUUCGGAUGUAGAAGGCGUAGACGAUAUCACUAUGGAAAAUUAUGAUGGGUACAACUUUGACAAUGGCAUGCCUAUCACUGCCUCAAAGGAGCACUUCUUUUUCUACGUACUGAACAAAACCAAACCGUUUUGCAACGAACAGGACAUCAGCAACAUUGAAGAGAAAAUAAAAGCGUUACUCAAAAUAUUCUAUAUUGAUAGCUCCACAUGCAUGAAAGAUAAAAGUGGAGGGGAGAAAGUACGAAUACUAUUCCUUUCAUUAUUUUUAAAAAAAUCAAAUUUGCUUCUCCUAGACGAAAUAAAUAACAAUUUAGAUAUUUACUUAAAAAAUCUUCUAUUAAAUUUUUUAAAUUAUAUUUAUCAAGGCAGUUAUAUUUUGACAACCCACGAUUUUUACAUGAUCAAAAAUUUGACUAAUGUCCACAAGGUUAUUUACAUAUUUGACUACCAGAAUGUUUUUACUUUUUACAAUGUGCAGGAUUUUAUAGAGAAUUUCUAUCACUUCAUUUUGCAUUCGUUUGAUACUCUGCACAUGGUUAACCCGCGCGAUGGCAGAGCAAUGAAUGUGGUUAACCACUCAGUCGACCUGCAACAAACUCAGCAACCGGAGGUACUUCAUUCUCCCCAACGUAGUAGUUCUGUCUGUGGUGAUUCUGAGAACAACGAGACCGCGAAGAACCCACUACAUAAUGGACGUGAGGAAGGCCACCCAUAUGCAGACGCACAGGAAGAGGAUAAUAUUGACAAUCGAGAAAAUUAUAACAAAAUACUGUACGAUAAUUACGACUAUAAAAUUUUGCAAUUUUUAAAAACGCAAUAUGCAAAGGAUAGAAAUGAAAGAAAAAAUAUUGAACAAAUAACUGAUCAUGAAGAAGAUGUCAUUUUCGAAAAAAAAAAAGUCAAUAGGAAAAAUUUUGGAGGUAAAGGCUCUUCCGGGAAAAUAAAAAUAAAGAAUUGGAAGCGGUGGAAAAAGUAA